AUGUAUCUGGGAGAUACAAUUCCUAUUCGAUACGGAGGCAGUGGCAAACCAUUGCAUGAGAUUGACUACCUCUCAACCCAAAAAAAUGUGGAUCAUGAUUUCCCUCGGGACACUGGUGGGACUAUGACCCUCUCCCCCGACGUGCCUCACUCCGGAGCAGAACCUAAACCCAAUACCCCAGAACCUAAAGGCAUCAAAACGCACUUUAAUUACUCAAAGGUCAUCGGAUUUCCUAGGACGAUAUUGGACCCAAAAGAUCUGGAUGACUGGCCUAAACUCUGUCCUAGGAAAGGAGGUGCAAGAAUAGUGCACAUCGAUUCUGGGAUGCUAGUCAAGUAUGGUCAUGGAGUUCGACUUGCAGAAGCAGAAGCAAUGCAUUUGGUUUCCACAUCUACAACAGUGGCUGUACCGCACCUUAUCAGUGCAUAUGUUCUCGAUGAUAUAUGUUACAUCAUCAUGUCAAUUGCAGAAGGGGAGCUAUUGAGUUCAUUCUUGACACAUGCGAAUGAGAAGAGUCGUGAGAAGGUUAUCUCUAAUUUGAGAGAUGCAGUAAACCAGCUACGUGAGAUAAAAGGCACCUAUAUUAGAGGUUUGGAUCACACCACAUGCAGAGAUCCGAUUUUUAAUUCGUGGUGGGGUGAAAAACCGAUCGAAUAUGGCCCUUUUGAAUCUGAAUCUUCCUUUAAUGAAGGUAUUAUCCAAGCUUUGCGAAAUAGAUUUCCCCCAAAACCCCGUCCAGUCGACCCCGAGUCGCCCCGUUACGUUUCAGAAUAUAUCAAUCACCAGACAGUUCGAAGCCUGAAGGGCCACCAAAUUGUCUUCACCCAUGGUGAUUUACGUCCUGAUAAUGUUAUUUUCAAGCCGGACUGCAGUGUAGUUAUUAUCGAUUGGGGCCUUUCCGGCUAUCGCCCAGAGUAUUGGGAAUACUUCCGUGCUAUGGUCACUAUCCCUAUCAAAGAAUCUUGGGAUUUGGUCACGGAAAAAUAUAUACCACCCUAUUACAUCGUGGCUGCAACUAUCAAGCGCAUAGCGGCAAUUAUGUGGGAAUAA